GAACGUUCCAUAUAAGUACAAUUUUAGUUUUUUUUUUGGUUUUUUUUUACAUGUUCCUGUACAGCCCAUCUGACGUAAGGACGUCGUCAGUCGGUGACGCUGUGUCUCUUUGUUGGCUUAGCAGCGGCGACGUUUUGUUGUUAUUUUCGCUGCAGCCGAAAAAGAGGUUCGGAUAAUUUUGGUUUUCGUAUUGUUCCGCAAUCAACAUUUCACACACUGUAGACUUAGGUGUGCUUGUCACGAGUUGAUAACCACCCUAGGAAUGGACUCAGACGAGGGUUAUAACUAUGACUACGACGACGAAGAGGAGGAAUGUAGCGAGGAUAGCGCCGAAGAGGAGCCCGAGGACGACACCCUGGAGCUCGGAGAGGUGGAGUUGGUCGAUCCCGUGGUGGCCGGUGGAGAGCGAGACGAGUGCGGUGAGACUGGCGGAGGUGGCCACGGUCACGGCGAGGAAGAGGAGGAGGACUACCGCUUCGAGGUUUUGACUGCCGAGCUGAUCCUCCAGCAUAUGGUGGAGUGUAUCAGGGAGGUCAACGAGGUCAUCCAGAAUCCUGCGACAAUAACACGCAUCCUUCUCAGCCACUUCAACUGGGAUAAGGAAAAGCUUAUGGAAAGGUAUUUUGAUGGCAAUCUGGACAAGCUUUUCUCCGAGUGUCAUGUCAUCAACCCCAGUAAGAAGCCUCGCAUCCGUCCUCCAAUCAACACUAGGUCAUCGGCACAGGACAUGCCAUGUCAGAUCUGCUAUCUGAACUUCCCCAACGCUUACUUUACCGGCCUGGAGUGUGGACACAAGUUCUGCAUGCAGUGCUGGGGAGAUUACCUGACCACCAAAAUCAUAGAAGAAGGAAUGGGACAGACCAUUUCUUGUCCUGCUCAUAGUUGUGACAUUUUGGUCGAUGACAACACCGUCAUGCGCCUCAUAACAGAUUCAAAAGUGAAGUUGAAGUACCAGCAUUUAAUUACAAAUAGUUUUGUAGAGUGCAAUCGACUGUUAAAGUGGUGCCCGGCGCCAGACUGCCAUCAUGUUGUCAAAGUCCAGUACCCAGAUGCCAAGCCAGUGAGGUGCAAGUGUGGCCGUCAGUUCUGCUUCAACUGUGGAGAGAACUGGCACGAUCCUGUCAAGUGUAAGUGGCUGAGGAAAUGGAUAAAGAAGUGUGAUGAUGACAGUGAGACUUCAAACUGGAUUGCAGCAAAUACUAAGGAGUGUCCAAAAUGCCAUGUGACCAUUGAAAAAGAUGGUGGCUGCAACCACAUGGUUUGUCGGAACCAGAACUGCAAAGCUGAGUUCUGCUGGGUCUGUCUGGGUCCAUGGGAACCCCAUGGCUCCGCCUGGUACAACUGCAAUCGCUACAAUGAAGAUGAUGCGAAGGCAGCCAGAGAUGCCCAAGAGUUCCAUGCUGUGUGUGCGCAGCGCUCCAGGGCCGCCUUGCAGAGGUACCUGUUCUACUGCAACCGCUACAUGAACCACAUGCAGAGCCUGCGCUUUGAGCACAAGCUCUAUGCUCAGGUCAAGCAGAAAAUGGAGGAGAUGCAGCAGCACAACAUGUCCUGGAUCGAGGUGCAGUUUCUGAAGAAGGCUGUGGAUGUGCUGUGCCAGUGCCGGUCCACACUCAUGUUCACUUAUGUCUUUGCCUUCUACCUCAAGAAGAACAACCAGUCCAUUAUUUUUGAGAAUAACCAGGCAGACCUGGAAAAUGCCACUGAGGUGCUGUCUGGCUACCUAGAGCGGGAUAUCUCCCAGGAUUCCUUGCAGGACAUCAAGCAGAAAGUACAAGAUAAGUACAGAUACUGUGAGAGCAGGCGAAGAGUGCUGCUACAGCACGUGCAUGAAGGCUAUGAGAAGGACCUGUGGGAGUACAUUGAAGAUUGAGGACACGUCCCAAUGCAACGGACUCUUGAGUAUCUUGACAAACUAGAGCGCUGAUGCAAUUUAACAGGGCAGCACGGGCCUUCUGCCGCCUCUCCUUUGGCAAACCAACCACUUUUGCAUCAUUUUCCUGGAUUUGUUUAACAAAAUCUUCAAAAUAAAUUAUAUUUAAAUGAAAGGUAGAGUAAUAAAAAGAAAGUGUACAACAGUAUUGUUAGAAACAGAGUGGAGUCUUGAGAAAGCAGAAAAUCCAUCUUAAACAAAUGCAUCCCUUUGGCUUGUAUUGUAACACCUCCCCUGAACUAUCUUAUUUUCCAUUGUUUUUCUUUGCUUGUGAAUCUUUUUGUUUUUGUUUUAAUUUUGAUUUAUAUUUCCCAUUAGUGUGAAAAUGUUUUCAACACAGCUUUAAUUGUCCUGACCAUGUCUGCAAUAUCUGGUGAGAUCCGUGUCUGAGUGGCUGAAUGUUGAUAGGUUGAUUGCAAAGGGGCAAAGACAUUUCAGGGGAGGGAGGGGGGGAGAAGGAAAAAAAACAUCAGAAGAACAAAUAAGCAAGUCUGCAUUUUUCAAUUUGUAAAUAGUCCAUAUGCAUGGAAGUUAAAGAGCAAGAGUGGCACGUGUUUGCAUAAUUUUGAAAUAUUUAUUCUUCACCAAUAUUGAGAAAGGUGUACUUUUGCCAUGUAGGUUGAGUCUGUCUUCUUCCUCCAUAGUGUGCGGGAGCUUGAACGUCUUUGGCAAAAAAAAAGACAUUCGUCCUAUCAUCAGUCUCUCCAGAGCAGUGUACAAAGUUACACCUUAUCAGUAACUCUCAAUGUGGAAUACUUUCUCUUAGUCGUCAAGUAAUCCGAUAAAGGACUCCGUUAAAGAGCACAGCUGAGUUAGAAAACCGAGAGCAGAAAACGAUUUAACCGUUCAAAAAUAAGGAAGAACGCACCGGCCCCGUGUCCCUCUAUUCUAACCGUUAGCCGUACCCUCUUAGUUGUGUUUAGAGGUGUUUAACAUUUAAGUACAUUACUAAUUAUUUGCAAGAGCCAAACUGAGUGACAUUCACUCUUCUUUUUUUUUUCUUUUUUUUUUUUGUUCUCUUUCCCGACGUGGCCCUCAUAAAGCUCAGCUUGCACCUUGGGGGGAUUGAAUGAGGGUAAUAGAAUGUACUGACAGCUCGUGCUGCUAACUGGGCUGGAUCACUGUCGAACAGGGUCAGGCAUGUGCAUCGCUCUUGCGGGGAACACUUGGGCCGGAUAGCACCGUGCCUCCUUGAAGACAUCUCUUGCCUUGCAGUGAGACUGAACACAGCUGUACACUCGUGCGUGAUCCUUUAAGCAGAUGAGGAACAUAGGGCAAACUUCUAAAGGUUGUAGGACUGUUUUAUAAUGCCGUUAUGCUUUUGCAUUCAUAACUGUAUUUUUUCGCACAUUGGGUUGAGGAGUCGACAUGGAAAUGUCGGUGCCCCUCCAGGUUUUGCAUUGUUCCAUGAGGUGGUUGCUCUGGUUGUCAAGCGCUCUGCUUGUAAAUGCUCAUUCAUGUCUCUGCAAUAUGGCGGUCUUCACUAGAUUGACUGGAGGGGAUGUGAAUAUACAGGCGGGGGUUGCAAGUCAGAAGAUGACACCAAAGUGUCAACUGUCAUUUAAAAAAACAACAUCCGUUAACCCAGUUUCAGAUCUUUGGGGAAUUCUCUCCCAAAUGCUUCUAAUGUGUUCAAACUAUUAUUUUAUCCUAGCAAAUUAUAAACUGUAUUGUUUAUUUGAAUAAAUGUCAUGAGAAAUCUCGUUUUUUGGGAGUACUGUGUGAGUCAUUAGAGUAGGUUUGGUCUCAAUCAUAUGAAUUACCCAAACAUCCGUGAUGCAUUUCUGCAUUAUGUAUUUUGCGAUGUAGUGUACGACAGAACUUGGCAGAGCUGUGUCUUCCAGAAUUGCGUGGAAUUCAUUUGCUUAACUCUCUUUGAAUAAUUCUUUUUGAUUUUAGGCAAAGAAAUGUUUUGCUUUUUUUUGUACCACUUUUAUUUGCAGACUGUAUGAUAAAGAUCAGGUGGUUUGUAUGAUGUCACUUUUGAAUUCAUUUUGUCUCAAGUCCCAAACCAAUGACACGAGGAUGGAUAGGAACAGAAGACGGGCUAUUCUCUCUGAGCUGCCCUGCAGUAAUCCACCAGUUCCAGCUGUGAUCAUUUGGCUAAUACUCUCCAGGGCUCACUCUGUUUUCAUUGUGUCUGCAAGUAGUUCAUGAACAUUUCGACGUAACGUUUGAAGUAAGAAGCAGCUACUUGCAUUAAAUUGGCAUCCAAAAACUUUUAAUACUUUUCUACAUAUCUUUUCUUUAUGCUAUGAAAGGUGUUUUAUUUCCUAUUAGUGUAAAAAUGUGAGGAACAUUAGUUGUCUGUUUUUGGAGAAAAUAUUAAAGUGCAAAAUGUUGCAACAUCCUUCUGGCACGGGUGGUUGUUUGAUAAAGAACACAAUGUUUGUGUUGAGGCAGCAUUCCAAAAACCUUUCACCGCAAUCGAUACUUUGUUUUUAAACGGCGUCCUUGAGUUUGACACCGCUGUGUACUGUGGUAGUCCCCGGUGUGUGCUCAACGCAUCACUGGAAAUACAGGUUCCACCGAAACAGCAAUUUUCUCAAAUUUAAAAAGGGAAUUUGCAACUAAAUAUUCUGUCAACAGAUGGGGACAAAGACGCUUUGAUUCUAACUUGAAGUUUCAUGUUUUAAGUUGUGUUCCAAAAGCAAUGUUUACCAAAUGAACUGCUCAUUUUAAACCGACUUGUUUAAUCAGUAACAGUAUCACACCUCAACUGAUGUGAAAACACAUUCAGCACAAUGUUUUGUUUCAUUACCGGUGAGCAAAAUCUGUGACUCUGCAAUAGACUCAUAAGAUAUUUACUUAAAUUGAUUUCAUCUUCUACAUGGUGAGUUGAGAAAGGUGUAGCUGGCAAUCUCAGCAGUGAAGCAUUAGCAAUAUGAUGAAUCUUACAUGAAAUCCCAUGAAGCUGGUGAGUAAACGACAAAC